CCCGAAGCUGCCCGAAGUUAUCAAGAAUCGACGCACGCGAUCGGUCGGGCAGUGGGAAGGAAUCGCUCGAUAUUUUCAUUACGUGUUUAUCAAAUGAAAAAUUAAUUACCCUUCCGAACGGAAUCAUGUUCCUGACACGGGUGUGCUGUUUGCGGAGUGUCCUCCGCAGUAGAAACCUACUGGUGCCACCGUCGGGUGCGAGUGCGGCGUCAAAAAGUCGAGUGAUUUCUUCGGUGGUGCGAUUUCCGCCACUCGGCCAGCAGCCGUUUCCUCCAGCGGUGGGACAAAGAGCUGACGAAGGAUUCCAGAUAGCCGAUGAAAGUAUACAGAAGUACUUGGAGAACAUCCGGCUGGAGUACUAUGCGCUGAAGGUGUCCGACCAGCUGGACAAGAAGGACAUCAAACGGAUGGCAUUACUGUCCCAUGUGGUGGAAAUGUACGAACAGAGGCGCAUCAUUAUGGACAAUCUCAACUCUCUGCAGGAGAUGAGCGCCGAGAAGGACGAGGAUAUGCUGCAGUUGAUGAGAGAGGAAAAGGAGGCAUACACCAACAUUUUACGAAAAUUGGACGGAGAGAUCAUGAAUGGAAUUUUAUCAAUGGACGACGAAGAAGAUUACAACACGCUCAUAUUGGAAGUUGCCGCUGGAGUUGGUGGCCAAGAAGCAAUGCUAUUCAGCCGGGAGCUAUUCGACAUGUACUGUGGCUUCAUCGAUUACAAAGGCUGGGAAACCGAAGUAAUCGAAACGGAGGACACAGAGCUGGGAGGAAUCCGCCACGCAUCGAUCGUGGUACACGGAAGGGAUGCCUACCGAUAUCUGAAGUUUGAAGCUGGCGUACAUCGGGUGCAACGUGUUCCGACCACGGAGAAAUCCGCUCGGAUACAUACCAGUACAGCAACAGUUUCCGUCAUUCCGCGACCGGACGAAUUCGAAAUAGAGCUCAAAGAUAAAGACUUGAAGAUUGAAACGAAGCGCGCCAGUGGAGCUGGAGGUCAACACGUCAACACUACCGAUAGCGCUGUACGGAUAGUUCACCUUCCUACCGGGAUGGCAGUGGAGUGUCAAACGGAGCGUUCGCAAGUCAAGAACAAGGAAAUCGCCAAACAGAAACUUUUAGCCAAACUCACCCAGCAGGAACUGGAGAGCAAAUUCAACGCGACUCAAUCGAUGAAAAAGUCCCAAGUGGGAUCUAGCUUGAGGAACGAGAAAAUCCGUACUUACAACUACAACCAGGAUCGCAUCACCGAUCACAGAGUCGACGGUGGAACCACGCAUAAUCUGAAAGCAUUCCUCGAAGGAGGUUCCCAGUUAGAAGAUAUGAUUGCAAAGCUUCAAGCCAUGCAUCGGAAGAAGCAAUUGAUGGACAUCAUUAAUAGCACAAUAGAAACUAAGUAGGGCAAUAGUGAAUGCACUAGUGAUUCAGAUAACAAUUUCUCCAUUAAAACAAUUAAAACAAA